CCGGCCGCUGCGCGCCACCCCCAUGCCCGCCGCUCGCCCGGGCCCCGCCGCCCCAUGCGCGCGGCGGCCGCCGCGGCCGCUGCCCUCGCUGUGGUCGCCUCUGUUGCUCUGUGUCCUCGGGGUGCCUCGGGGCGGAUCGGGAGCCCACACAGCUGUGAUCAGCCCCCAGGACCCCACCCUUCUCAUCGGCUCCUCCCUGCAAGCCACGUGCUCCAUUCAUGGAGACACACCCGGAGCCACUGCUGAGGGCCUCUACUGGACCCUCAAUGGUCGCCGCCUGCCCCCUGAGCUGUCCCGCCUACUCAACACCUCCACCCUGGCCCUGGCCCUGGCCAACCUUAACGGGUCCAGGCAGCAGUCAGGGGACAACCUGGUGUGCCACGCCCGGGACGGCAGCAUCCUGGCUGGCUCCUGCCUCUAUGUUGGCCUCCCCCCUGAGAAGCCCUUCAACAUCAGCUGCUGGUCCCGGAACAUGAAAGACCUCACCUGCCGCUGGACCCCGGGUGCGCGUGGGGAGACAUUCUUGCACACUAACUACUCGCUCAAGUACAAGCUGAGGUGGUAUGGCCAGGACAACACAUGCGAGGAGUACCACACUGUAGGCCCUCACUCCUGCCACAUCCCCAAAGACCUGGCGCUCUUCACUCCCUAUGAGAUCUGGGUAGAGGCCAGCAACCGCCUGGGCUCGGCGAGAUCUGACGUGCUCACCCUGGACGUCCUGGACGUGGAGCGCUGGUGUCUUCCUGGCAUCCUGAAGUGCCAUCUAACCCUGGGUUGUUCCCUGUGGCUGCCACUACUGCCCCACUUAGGCGUCAGUAAUGGACCGGGCAACAGAGUGACCACGGACCCCCCACCUGACGUGCACGUGAGCCGCGUUGGGGGCCUGGAGGACCAGCUGAGUGUGCGCUGGGUCUCGCCACCCGCCCUCAAGGAUUUCCUCUUUCAAGCCAAGUACCAGAUCCGCUACCGCGUGGAGGACAGCGUGGACUGGAAGGUGGUGGAUGACGUCAGCAACCAGACCUCCUGCCGGCUUGCGGGCCUGAAGCCCGGCACCGUGUACUUCGUCCAAGUGCGUUGUAACCCGUUCGGGAUCUAUGGGUCGAAAAAGGCGGGAAUCUGGAGCGAGUGGAGCCACGCCACUGCUGCCUCCACCCCGCGAAGUGAGCGCCCGGGCCCGGGCGGAGGGGUGUGCGAGCCGCGGGGCGGCGAGCCCAGCUCGGGCCCGGUGCGGCGCGAGCUCAAGCAGUUCCUCGGCUGGCUCAAGAAGCACGCGUACUGCUCGAACCUUAGCUUCCGCCUGUACGACCAGUGGCGUGCUUGGAUGCAGAAGUCACAUAAGACCCGAAACCAGCACAGGAUGAGGGGAUCCUGUCCUCGGGCAGACGGGGCGCGGCGAGAGGUCCUGCCGGAUAGACUCUAAAGGACAGGCCAUCCUCCUGCCACAUGCAGACCUGGAGGCUCAUUCCAACUGCAGCCCCUCUGUACUGUCAUUCCGGGCACCAAAGAAACGCCACAGCUCUGGUUCACAUGACGGGUCAAGCUCGGGUGCUCCCCAGAGUGGGCAGGCAACCCAGGGCCCUCCAGGGGUCUCUUAAAUAAAGGAGUUUUUCAGGUU